GCUCCUGGACUAGUUCUAGUUGGAUGGGAGUGUAAUCAGUCUAUCAGCAAACACAUUAUUCUCAAGAUGUAGGCUAAGAAAUUUUAAGAGAGUUAUUACUUCAUUGAUCUGCAGCUAAGAUAAAUGUGACAGAACAAUCAGUGUACAAGAAGGACAACUUUAUAUCCUCAGUACAUUCUGGGAAAUUCGUAACAGUAAAAGAGGGUUCGAUUUGGAAUCUGAAGAGAUCGAGUUCAGUGCUGCUUCUAACACUUGACUAGUUGUGUGACAAUGGGCAGAUCAUUUCAUAUAGUAAAAUGGAGAUAACAUCCAUCAAUACUUCCUUGAUAAGAGUGUUGUGAGACAUAAAGGAGAUAAUGCAUCGAAAGCACUUGGCAAACUUUAAAGGGAGUAUGUCUGUGUUCAGUAUGAUUCAUUUCAUCCCAAUACCAGGAAAAGGCAGUGUAAGAGAGAAUGGAUAGAGAAAAGAAAGUAACAUGGGCUCAAAGGCCGACAAAUGUAGCGUUUGUCAAAUGUCCUCUCUAUUAUUGAGUGAAAUGCCCAUGUGUUUCGAAGAUUGAAUACCUUCAGGACUUACCUUCUGAUUGAUGGAGCACUUUUAAGCCCUGUUCUCUGGGGAGACAGAAAUGUGGAAUAGGUGAAACUCUCUCGAUUUACUUCUUCUUUGAAUACACUAUGCUUCUUGCUACCUUGGAGUUUAUUUUUGCUGACUAGGGCCAAAUCAGAACAUCUGGUUUUAUUAUGAGCAACAACUUCUUUUUCCUGUUUAUUGUUUGUAGAUUCCUGAUUAUCAUGAAAAAGAAAAACCUGUGCUGCAAAAAAACAAUCUCCUUCUGGAUGAAAUUGGCGUGUUCCUACUGGCAGGAGACACAGGAAAAAUUGAAAAGAGGGAGAAAGAAAGUAGACAUAUCAAAGAAAAUGAAGUUUCAAAAGAAAAGACUGAUGAGCUUCAAAAGAAAUUAAAACUGAGUGAGGAGACUUUAAGAACAAAACUAUCCGAGGCCAACAAACAGCUUAAUUUUCUGAUGAUUAAGAAUAGAAAGCUGACAUCUAAGUGGAAGAAAGAAAAGCAAAAAAGAGCCAGAGUAGGGAAAGACAAGCAAUCAUGCCACUUGUGUUCUGCUAUUCCUGAUCCGAAACAAUGUCAGACAUCAAAACAAGACCUUGGAUACGCCUUUCAGCAAGAACGAGAUGAAUGGCUUCGCAUAAAGGAUCAACUGAAUUAUGACUUGUCUAGGGAAAGAGAUCGCAAUGAUUUUCUUGCACAACAACUUGAGGAAGCUAACAGUGAAGUCAAUAGCUUACAAAACCAGCUAAUCCAUUUGCACUAUUCCUAUAGAGAGAAGGUAUUGAUUUUAGAAAGCACAGAGAGAUCCCUACACCAGGCACAGUUUCAUAUAAAGGAACUCAAACGCAUCAAUAACAUACAAAAUGAAAAACAGCAGGAAUAUACUGCCAAAGAAGAAUGCUAUCAAGGAAAAUUACCUGAAAUCCACAGUGAAAAUAUGGUGCUUCAACAGCAGCUAGAAAAUGCCCCCAAAAGAGUCAUCAUUAAAAAAAAGGUAGUAAAGGACGUCCAGGUAAACUUUAGUGAUCCCUUCGCUAAAGUUCAUGCUGAUAGAGAAAAGCAAGUUCUUUUGGUCGAAGAGAGGAAUAAAGAGUUAAUCGAUGACUGUAAUCACUCAAGAGAGCAAGGGUGCACAUAUGAGAAGGAGCAAAAAGAAAGAGAGGGCACAAUAAAGGAGCUUCAACAACAACUUGCUGAUGCCCUGAAAAGGCAAUCCACGUUGGAAGCGUUCCUAGAGGUUAUUUUUUGUUAUAUACAUGAUUUAGAAGAUAAGAAGCAACAACUACAGAAGGAAACAGAGGAAAUCAAGAGUAAGCUGCGGGAAUCUGAAGGACGGCAUCCGAAGGCAGAGCCCUGGACUAAUGAUUUAGAAGAUGGUGAACAAAAGCUGGAAAUGGAAAAUGGCAGAUUAGAAGCUACAGCCAAAGAACUUCUGGGCAAAAUGGAAGAGAUGGAGGAAAACCUGUUGGAUCCUAAAUGGCUUGAUCCUGAACGGGGGAAAGGAAAGACGCUCGUUGAGUUGAAGCAAUCUUUGGUGGCAAGUCUAGACGACCAAAGGAAGAGAAAUGAAGAAGUAGAGCAAGACAUCGGGAGACCAAGAAAAAAGAAAUUAGAAGAAGAUGACAAAGGAGAUCUGGCUUCCCAGGAAGCCCUGAAACAGGCAUGUUCUCAAGUGGAAGAUGCACAAAUGAAUACGUUAAGAAACCAGAAGGAGGAACUUGCACAGCAAGUGGAAGCAGCAUCUUCAAAAUGUAUCCAAUUGGAAUGGACAAUUCAAGGUCUUCGACAAGAGUUACUUUCUAAGGAAAGUCUGGAAGAGAAAAAUGGCAAACUGGAAAAGGAAAAGAGCCAAUUGGAAGAAGAAAUAGCUAAUCUGAAGCAUCGUUUUGAAAUGACUAUGCUAGAGCACAGACAAGUGGAACAAUACAAAUCUGAGGUGGAUGAACAAGCAACACAAGAGAUUAUAGGAAAACUGAGAACAAUCAAACUAUUUUUGCAGACACAAGCAGCAUUCCAAAACAACACAGAACAAUUAAGAGAAAAUCACCAAGCUCCAAGAGUAAAUGAAAUGGAGUGGCGAAUGAAAUAUAUGGAAGCUGAACUGUCCACAUUAAGAAGCUCCUAUCAGGAUGCUGAGGAACAGCUGGAGAGAAACACACAACUCUAUUUUAAGGAACUAAAAGCCAAUGAAUCAUUAUCCAAGGAAUUAGAUAGAGCUAACAGGAGACUACUGAAGGUGAGUGCCAAACUCCGAAAUGAAAGGCAGAGGAAUGAAACUUUAAGGGCCAGUUUUACUGCAAGUCCCGUUCUGGGGCCACCUCCUACUGAGCCUCCUAACAGUAGUUCACUCUUCAACGGAGGACUGAUUCCAAGAGGAAACAGGACAUGCUUUGAACAGUAGAGCCAAAGCCUAUUUUAGAAAGGUUUUUGAUGAAGUGAAAAUUUUGAAAAGGAACCAAACAGAGAACUUCAAAAUUGGAAAUCACAAAGAGUUAAUCAGAAUUAUUAAAGUAUUUGUAUUUGUAGAAAUAAAAAUUGUUGACAUUUACUUAA